AUGGAGAAUUUUUGGAUGUACCAGGUUGAGUAUCAUAAGAAAAAUUCUCCAUCUCCAGAUUCCUCUUCACCACGGGGUGCUGAAUCGUCGAGUAGGCAACAUCACCAGGAUGUCCGCAGUACAGCAGAGGCCUCCUCUAACAAAGAGUCCAGAAAAAGCUUGGCUUCCUUUCCAACCUACGUUGAAGUUCCUGGACCUUGUGAUCCUGAAGACUUAAUCGAUGGAAUAAUUUUUGCUGCCAAUUACCUUGGCUCGACUCAGCUCCUUUCUGAUAAAACUCCCUCCAAGAAUGUGAGAAUGAUGCAGGCUCAGGAAGCUGUCAGCAGGAUCAAGAUGGCCCAGAAAUUAGCCAAAAGCAGGAAGAAGGCUCCAGAAGGUGAAUCUCAACCCACGACUGAAGUGGACCUCUUCAUUUCUACACAGAGAAUAAAAGUACUGAAUGCGGACACACAGGAAACCAUGAUGGACCAUCCACUGCGGACCAUUUCUUACAUCGCAGAUAUAGGCAACAUAGUCGUUCUGAUGGCUCGUAGGCGAAUGCCACGGUCUAACUCCCAGGAUAAUGUGGAAGCAUCUCACCCUUCCCAAGAUGGAAAGAGGCAGUACAAAAUGAUUUGCCAUGUCUUUGAGUCUGAGGAUGCACAGCUGAUUGCACAGUCCAUAGGUCAAGCGUUUAGUGUGGCCUACCAGGAAUUUCUGAGAGCAAAUGGAAUCAACCCAGAAGACCUUAGCCAAAAGGAGUACAGUGACCUGCUCAAUACUCAGGAUAUGUAUAAUGAUGACCUGAUUCACUUCUCCAAAUCUGAAAACUGCAAAGAUGUUUACAUUGAAAAACAAAAGGGAGAAAUCCUAGGUGUAGUGAUUGUGGAGUCUGGCUGGGGAUCCAUUUUGCCUACAGUUAUCAUAGCCAACAUGAUGCAUGGAGGACCAGCAGAGAAGUCUGGGAAGCUGAACAUAGGGGACCAGAUCAUGUCAAUCAAUGGGACCAGUUUGGUUGGUUUACCGCUCUCAACAUGUCAGAGCAUUAUAAAGGGUUUAAAAAACCAGGCCCGGGUUAAACUGAACAUAGUUAGGUGUCCUCCAGUAACCACAGUCUUGAUCAGGCGGCCGGACCUCAGAUAUCAGCUGGGCUUCAGUGUGCAGAAUGGGAUUAUCUGCAGCCUUAUGAGAGGAGGGAUAGCAGAGCGAGGAGGUGUGCGUGUCGGCCAUCGGAUCAUUGAGAUCAACGGCCAGAGUGUUGUAGCAACACCCCAUGAGAAAAUUGUUCACAUUCUUUCAAAUGCUGUUGGUGAGAUUCAUAUGAAGACUAUGCCAGCUGCCAUGUACAGACUGUUGACUGCACAAGAGCAACCAGUUUACAUCUAA